AUGCGUAAAGAAAAUUUGCGUGUAGCAGAACAAAAAAAACUUGAGAUUGAUCCAAAAUAUUUAUCCAUACUUGGUUUCACAUCAUUUUUACCGACCAAAAAAUCUCAAUAUGAUAAAUAUGAAAUAAUUGAUAAGAACGCACAAGCAACACAGCAACAAAAACAAGAAACAGAAAUUGUAGAAAUUCAUAAUCUAGAACAGCAUUCAACACAAAAAGAUCUAGAUAAUAAUGCUGAGAAUGUUAGUGUAGAACCAUCACAUCGGCAUACUAAAACACAUGUUACUACAACACCAUUUAAUGGCACAAAAUCCAAUUUUUCAAUUGUUACUUAUGUGCAGGAUGGUCAAGCACCUUCUGCUAUAUUACUUUCUCAACAUGUAGCGGCCAAAUUUCCAAAUGAGUAUCUACUCAUUUAUGAUCUCGGCUUAUCCGAGGAAGAAUCACGUGCAUUGAACACUUACUGCAAUAGUUCAAAAUGUUCGGUUAUUGGUUAUGAUUUGUCUGUGUUUCCGUCAUAUGUUUCGGAUCAACGGAUGCAUGCAUAUCGCCCCAUUGUGAUAAAAGACGCACUAAUGCGUUCGAAGAGCAUACUUUUCGCAGAAAAUUAUAUGCGUAUACGUGGAUCUAGUCGUGAACUUUACGAGUUACAUAGUAAGGUAAUGGUAUCGGGUGUUUUAGGCUGGAAUACACCCACAGCUGUGUCAACGCGUACACAUCCAAAAAUGUUUGAUUACUUUCAAACAGAUGCUGAUGACUUCUAUUUCUUGCGUAUGGUCGAUUUAGAUACAAUUUUAUUUACGGAUAGUCUGUUCGUAACAGAAAAAAUAAUGCUGCCUUGGAUAAAAUGUGCCUUGACAUUAGAAUGCCUGGAUCCAAUAGGUGCGCAAUCAAAUGGCUGCAAAUACAAUAAAAAGCCACAAUAUCGUUAUUCUGGUUGUCACGGUUAUGACACAUCAGCCUUUAAUAUAGUUCUGGGCUUAACAUGGCAUCUGGACGACACAAAAUACUCUAUGCCAAGUGAUAUGUAUGAUAUAUUUUAUAAAGAAACUCUCGAACAAGCUACGAAAAUAUUGGAAAAUCGUCGACGUAAUAGCAGCGAAACUUCAGAGCAUCCAUUUACGGAACCAUAAAAUCAAAACGCAUACUACAUAUGGACUCGAAACCACUAUAGAAGUGCAAAAUCGAAAAUAUAUCAUUAUUACACAUAUUAUUACAAUACAUGCCUACUACGUACAUAACGAUCACAUUAAUUAGUAACAAAUUUUAGUAUAGAUUCGUUAGUGCAGAUUCGUUAAUAUUAGAAAUAAAGCUUAUAUAUCAUAUAUGUAUAUU